AUGGUCCACAACGCACACCUUGGAGUUGAAAAAUGCAAGCGACGAGCCAAAGAUGUAAUGUUCUGGCCAGGUAUGGCAGCACAAAUCACAGACACAGUUCUAAGCUGCUCUAUGUACUCAACACAACAACGGAGUAAUACAAAAGAACCACUGAAGUCACGAGUAGCUGCUGAUUUAAGCCAACUAAAUGACCAACACUACCUGGUUUUGGUAGACUACUAUUCAAACUUUAUCGAAGUAGACAAACUCUCAGAGACUGCUAGUGAAAAGAUUAUCGAUUGUUGCAAAUGUCACUUUUCCCGUCACGGAAUCCCUGAUGUUUUUGUUUCUGACAAUGGACCACAAUUUUCUGGUACCAAAUUCCACGAGUUUUCCAAAACUUACCAGUUUAAUCACCGUCCACACUACCCGCAGUCAAAUGGCAAGGCCGAGAAAUCACUAUUACAGAAAGCCGACUUUCAGUUAGCACUGUUGGAUUUCAGAAACACACCUACAAAUGACGUUCUAGGAUCCCCCGCUCAACGUCUCAUGGGUCGUAGAACAAAGACUUUGUUACCUACAACAGCUAAAUUGUUGGCCAUACAACUAUCAGUUGUCAAAGCAAAUCUCCUUGCACAAAAGGAAACUCAGAAGCUAUAUUUCGAUCAACAUACAAAAGUCUUACCUGCGUUAGACCAAAGUCAUGUUCCAAUGUGGCAAAAUAUGGAAACCAGCAAGUGUUAG